UCGCCGAAUUGCCAUAGCAGCGGGAAGUUGGUUUGAUUCUGUGUUGUAUCAUGGAGAACACGAGUCGAGUAUUUGCAACGAUACUACCGGCUUCAGGUCGCGAGUUCACCGGUAAUGAAAAAGAGCAUGGGCUGGAGGUACGAACAGUUAACCGACAGACCCCCGGUAACCGUGUAAGGGAGGUCCAGGUAACGGGAACAGCGGAGGUUUGUUGCCCGGCGGACCGAGCGUCUGUUCGGGUCAGUGUGGGUAACAGCAAGGAGUCAGUCAACGAGGUCACCAACAGCGUUUCACGGCGACUCGAGUACAUUUUACAGUCUCUCAGACAGCAUGGCAUCUGUGACAAAGACACCUCAGUGAGGAGGUUCCUCCAACGAGAGGCAGACCUAUAUCACAUGGGUGCAGAGGUCGUGGUCACUUUUUCAGAUUUUGAGAAGAUGGAGCGAGUAUGCAGUGUCCUGUUGGAAAAGCUGGACAAAAGCGUCUGUGUGGGAACACCACAGUUUUACCACAGUCCAGGAUACCUGAGCCAACUGAGGAAGCAAGCAUGUGUAUCAGCGGUUGAAAAUGCUCAACAGAAGGCCAGUGAGGUCAGUCAGCUCCUGGGACAAAGUCUGGGACCCCCCCUGCUGGUCAGAGAGGAGGAGACAAGGGAAUGGAGGAAUGAGGAUGAGGAGUAUGAAGGCAGAGGACAGAGUACUGCACCCUUUUCUCAUCUUCCCCGUACACCCACAAUCACUGCCUCCUCACGGGUGUCUGUCUCCUUCAGCCUCAGAGACAGAGGCAGGAAAAAACUCUAAAGACAUUUUCAUGAAACCAAAGAGCUGAUUGUCACAGUUUAAAACAUUUUAUUGCAUAGAUGUGGCUGAUUAAAAGUGCAGCUUUUCAA